AUGGACAAUCUGCCCCAACGCACGUCUCAAGAUGCCAACCUAGGCAGCAGGACGCGGCGGACAGGAUGGCCCGGUCCACCUGCCGACUGGGGAGCAUUGGAGCCGCAUCCCACCAAGGUCCUCCAUCACCGCGGUUCAGUCACGGCUGUCACCAACUGGUUUGCCGAUCUGACACGCUCCUCCGCCGCGGAUGCCAGAUCUCGCUGGCGGUGCGGUGUGGAUGCCCAGCUCGCCGCCCGGUUGAUCAGCUUCCGUUCACCCCCCCUCUCACGAUCGGGAUUGCCGGAUGCUAAGUGAUACGGGUC